AUGGCUGGUUUCCUCUGGUAUCGGGGCGACGAGUGGCGAGAAGUCUGGGACUACUGGUUCAAGUGGACCGACGAACACCUCACAUCCGAUGACCUUCGCCCGAUGAUAUAUACCUACGAUGAGCUGGGUGCCGAAGCAUUAGACCGACUGGAUAAGGUGUCCCCUCCCGUGAAACCCCCGGCUCCUGGCGAGAAGGCAGGCGCUCCUCGGGACGCGAAGGUGCAUCGAGACCUGUAUGCUCUUCUCAGAGACAACGCAGAUGCGGAUGAGGUUCUGGGGAAACUAUGGACUGAAGUCAAUACCAUCCCGCCAUGGGUCGACUGGGCCCAAAUUGAACGUGGGCAACAAGUCUUCCUUCGAUACGCCGGCCCAGCCAUUUUCGCCCUCACAUUCCAAUCCCUGGUAGGCGGCAUGGGCGGCCGCCGCGUCGUGGAAACCCUCUCCCGGACCGGCGGCUUCGGCGUCAAAGUCACCCGCCGCCGCCUCCUCGAGACGUUCCAGCACAUUCUCCAAGUCACCGGCGACCUCCCCUCCAUCCAACCCGGCGGCGACGGCUUCGCCUCCAGCAUAAGAGUCCGCCUCCUCCACGCCGCCGUCCGCCGCCGCAUCCUCCUCCUUGCCGGCCAACGGCCCUCCUACUACGACGUCGCAGCCUACGGCGUCCCUGUAAACGACCUCGAUUCCAUCGGCACAAUAUCAACCUUCUCCUCGACGCUUCUCUGGAUCGGCCUCCCGCGCCAGGGGAUAUUCCUCACCGACCGCGAAAAGGAGGACUACCUCGCCCUCUGGCGCUACGUCGCCCACAUCAUGGGCACCCCCACCGACGCCUUCGCCUCCGUCUCCAAGGCCAGGGCUAUGAUGGAAUCCCUCCUCGCCUCCGAGAUCCAACCCUCCGACACCUCGCGCGCGCUCGCCAACAACGUCCUCUCGGGCCUCGCCAACCAGCCGCCCUCGCACGUCUCCCGUGAGUUCCUCGCCGCGGAAACGUACUGGCUCAACGGUGCCAAGCUCGCGCGCGCCCUCGCCGUCGAGAGGCCGCCCCUCCACUACUCGCUGCUCAUCCUGGGCCAGUGCCUCUUCUUCAUGUUCAUGUGCUACUCUCGCCGUCUGUUCCCCAGCUGGGACGAGUCAAGGAAUAAGAAUCUCCAGAAAGCCCUCUUCAACUUGACAGUCCACAAACCCGAGCUCGGUGCCCUGGGAAAGGAAACGACCUUUGAGUUCAAGUAUAUCCCGACCCUGGACGUCAUGUCCUCCGAGGCAGCGGCCCGGUCCCAAGACCGGGGCCCAUUAGCUCGCGGACCCGACCCCGACCCCGACCCCGCCCCCACAGAGGCGGCGGGGGCUGGCGCAGGAGCACGAGCAGGAAUAAGUACUCGCCGCGUGCGCAGCAACGAACGCCGAAGCCUCAUCGCUCUGACCGUAGCCUUCACCUGUAGUGGUGGUACUUUCCGCAAGAGCAAAGGGCCCACAUCGGAAACCUGGUAUACAGACUUCGACACCGAUGGGCUGAUCCUGAUCGGCUUCUGGAGGCCGGGUCACUUGGAUCUCGUGUAG